AUGAAAAAUUUCAAAGAAAACGAUGAUGACUUCGAAUCAUUUCUGAAGGAAAAUGAUAAUGACCAAGAUAAAGAAAACAUCAGAUUUGAAAAAGUUCACGAGUUACUCAAUGAAAUCAGAUUAGAAUCAGAAAAUCAGAGUGAAACUAAUAUUAUUCCGUUGCUGCAGACAUUCAUGGACUAUAUUUCCGAUAGUUAUAAUGCUCUAGCAUUCAAAAAGCAGUACAAUGUCUCAGAAUUACUAAUUACGGUAUUUUAUCAGUAUGAAGAUGCAGACAUAAUAGAUUCAGCAAUAUUGGCAAUAAUAAGAUGGAUUGCUUAUCAAGAUUAUGAUAAUGAAAAUUUUUUCCAAGAAGAAUUUAUGAAUUUUUUAAUUUCAAUUCUCCAAAAUGAAUCAAUUGUUUUCGAAAUUAGAAUGAAAACACUUUGUUUAAUACAAAAUCUAUCAAUAAGGUCAUCGAUUUUAUUAAAAUUCAUGAUAGAAAAUAAUUAUGUAAAUAUUCUCGAAAAUUACUUUACAGAAACACCAGGAGUAGAGGUAAACCCCAUACCGUACAUCCUUUCAAUGCUAAUUGACCUGAGAUACCCAGAUAUUGACCUUUUUAAACGGUAUCUUCAAAGUUUAGAAGAUUCAUGGAUUUCUUACACAAAAGAAAUCUCUUAUUUGAUCAGAAAAUUCAUUACAGCUGUUGAAAAUCCAGUUGAAACUUUCCUUGAAGUUUUUGGCCAAAAUUUCCAUUUCUCUGAGCUAGAUGGUAAAGAAGACGCAUUAAAUCUGUUUAUUUUCUUAUGUGAAGUUGCAGAUUCUCAAAUAAUACAGUUAUUUUUUGAUAAUAAUGAUAUCCCACAAUUAUUUGAUGAAUCGUCCACCAUUGCAGAAAAAAUACUAGUUUUCCAACUAAUAACAGUUGCAACCCCAAAAUUGAACGAAGAAAGUAUAUCCAAAAUUUUUACAGAAAAAUUCGUAAGCGAUUCAGUAAGAUUAGUCAAAAGAGCACAAACAGAGUUACAAAGAUCCUUUAUAACCAUGUUUGACACAUGCUUAAAUUGUUUCCCGGCUGAUUUGAAGAAUUCUAUCAUUAAUAAGAAGAUCAUCCACGUAAUAAUCAGAUUUUUGAUUACCGAAGACCAAGAAACCGUGGAAUAUUCAUUGAAAUCAUUGCUCAAUCUCCUGAAUUCCUCAACUCUCAAUUUUUCCAAUCUUACAAACGUUGAUCUCAGGUCGUUAGAUAUGAUAUUCGAUGAAUACGAUUUCAAAGACGUUUUCGAAGAGAUUGAAUCUUCAGAUGAUCUAGAUUUUGAAAAAAUUGGACCGUUAAUCAAUGAAAUCAGUGGAUGCAUCGAUAAAUACAUAGAUACAGCAAAUAUAAAUGUAAAAUAUACACCAAUUCUCGAAGUUUCUUCGGAAUUCAUUUCAGGCUAUGAAGAUAUCAUCUAA